AAUCCUCUCUCUCUGGGUGACUGUUGGGCUCUAUCUAGGUUCAGACGAGGACAGUGAGGAGUACAGGAUCCAAUUGGGAUUCCAGUCCCCUCCCCACACCCGUCAGAGGGCUUGGUUGGGAAAGAAGUGAGCCCGAGCUAUGCGCCCCACCCCCAGCCCUGCGGGGCUUUCUGCCUGCCACACGCCGUCCCUGCUCACUACCCCAUCGGUUUCCUUCGGCAGUCUUCAAAGCCAGUGCACGUGCUCCCAGGUCUCAGGGAGGCGACCUAGGGGGAGGGGCAGAGAGAAGGGGGUCCGAGCCCUUGGGCCCCUAACCCCGUCCCUUUCCGGAGCCUCGGGUGCCCAAAGGCGCCGGCCGCUAGUCCCAGGCCCGAAGGGCCCCUCCCACUGAGUCGGCUCUGGUCUCCCCGCCCCUGAGCCGCGAGGACUGGACGCAGCCGGCUGCGGAGCUCUGGGCGGGCGCUGGGGUCGCCUGUUGCAGCCUCUCUUCCGCCCGGCGGCCCACACCGGUCAGGCCCGGCGCGGGCUGCGCUCUCCAGCUGUGGCUAUGGCCCCAGCCCCGAGAUGAGGCGGGAGAGAACUAGGGGCCCGCAGGCCUGGGAAUUUCCGUCCCCCACCAAGUCCGGAUGCUCACUCCAAAGUCUCAGCAGGCCCCUGAGGGAGGGAGCUGUCAGCCAGGGAAAACCGAGAACACCAUCACCAUGACAACCAGUCACCAGCCUCAGGACAGAUACAAAGCUGUCUGGCUUAUCUUCUUCAUGCUGGGUCUGGGAACGCUGCUCCCGUGGAAUUUUUUCAUGACGGCCACUCAGUAUUUCACAAACCGCCUGGACAUGUCCCAGAAUGUGUCCUUGGUCACUGCUGAACUGAGCAAGGACGCCCAGGCGUCAGCCGCCCCUGCAGCACCCUUGCCUGAGCGGAACUCUCUCAGUGCCAUCUUCAACAAUGUCAUGACCCUAUGUGCCAUGCUGCCCCUGCUGUUAUUCACCUACCUCAACUCCUUCCUGCAUCAGAGGAUCCCCCAGUCCGUACGGAUCCUGGGCAGCCUGGUGGCCAUCCUGCUGGUGUUUCUGAUCACUGCCAUCCUGGUGAAGGUGCAGCUGGAUGCUCUGCCCUUCUUUGUCAUCACCAUGAUCAAGAUCGUGCUCAUUAAUUCAUUUGGUGCCAUCCUUCAGGGCAGCCUGUUUGGUCUGGCUGGCCUUCUGCCUGCCAGCUACACGGCCCCCAUCAUGAGUGGCCAGGGCCUAGCAGGCUUCUUUGCCUCCGUGGCCAUGAUCUGCGCUAUUGCCAGUGGCUCGGAGCUAUCAGAAAGUGCCUUCGGCUACUUUAUCACAGCCUGUGCUGUUAUCAUUUUGACCAUCAUCUGUUACCUGGGCCUGCCCCGGCUGGAAUUCUACCGCUACUACCAGCAGCUCAAGCUUGAAGGACCCGGGGAGCAGGAGACCAAGUUGGACCUCAUUAGCAAAGGAGAGGAGCCAAGAGCAGGCAAAGAGGAGUCUGGAGUUUCAGUCUCCAACUCUCAGCCCACCAGUGAAAGCCACUCUAUCAAAGCCAUCCUGAAAAAUAUCUCAGUCCUGGCUUUCUCUGUCUGCUUCAUCUUCACUAUCACCAUUGGGAUGUUUCCAGCCGUAACUGUUGAGGUCAAGUCCAGCAUCGCAGGCAGCAGCACCUGGGAACGUUACUUCAUUCCUGUGUCCUGUUUCUUGACUUUCAAUAUCUUUGACUGGUUGGGCCGGAGCCUCACAGCUGUAUUCAUGUGGCCUGGGAAGGACAGCCGCUGGCUGCCAAGCCUGGUGCUGGCCCGGCUGGUGUUUGUGCCACUGCUGCUGCUGUGCAACAUUAAGCCCCGCCGCUACCUGACUGUGGUCUUCGAGCACGAUGCCUGGUUCAUCUUCUUCAUGGCUGCCUUUGCCUUCUCCAACGGCUACCUCGCCAGCCUCUGCAUGUGCUUCGGGCCCAAGAAAGUGAAGCCGGCUGAGGCAGAGACCGCAGGAGCCAUCAUGGCCUUCUUCCUGUGUCUGGGUCUGGCACUGGGGGCUGUUUUCUCCUUCCUGUUCCGGGCAAUUGUGUGACAAAGGAUGGACAGAAGGACUGCCUGCCUCCCUCCCUGUCUGCCUCCUGCCCCUUCCUUCUGCCAGGGGUGAUCCUGAGUGGUCUGGUGGUUUUUUCUUCUGACUUCUGCUUUCCACGGCGUGUGCUGGGCCCGGAUCUCCAGGCCCUGGGGAGGGAGCCUUUGGACGGACAGUGGGGACAUUGUGGGCUUGGGGCUCAGAGUCGAGGGAUGGGGUGUAGCCUCGGCAUUUGCUUGAGUUUCUCCACUCUUGGCUCUGACUGAUCCCUGCUUGUGCAGGCCAGUGGAGGCUCUUGGGCUUGGAGAACACGUGUGUCUCUGUGUAUGUGUCUGUGUGUCUGCGUCCGUGUCUGUCAGACUGUCUGCCUGUCCUGGGGUGGCUAGGAGCUGGGUCUGACCGUUGUAUGGUUUGACCUGAUAUACUCCAUUCUCCCCUGCGCCUCCUCCUCUGUGUUCUCUCCAUGUCCCCCCAUGCCCAGUUCUUACCCAUCAUGCACCCUGUACAGUUGCCACGUUACUGCCUUUUUAAAAAAUAUAUUUGACAGAAACCAGGUGCCUUCAGAGGCUCUCUGAUUUAAAUAAACCUUUCUUGUUUUUUUC